AUGUCUGAUGAUGAUAAGAAUGACGUAAUGAAGUACAAGGCCAUUAUCAAGAAGGUGGGGCGAAAGUAUGAAAUAGACCCAGCUAUCAUCUGUGGCAUCAUCUCAAGAGAGUCCAGAGGUAUGAAUCAGGUUGAUGUUACUCCAAACGGUGGCAACCACACUCCAAAGGGAGAAUGGGACAGUCAGGAACAUCUCAAACAAGGCACUGAGAUUCUCAUAAAUUUCAUCAAAAAGAUCCAGAGAAAGUUUCCUGACUGGACCAAGGAGCAGCAGCUGAAAGCCUAA